GCAGUAGCGCACCGCGGCGCUGCCUGCGGUAUUUCUUGAGCAUUUCAAAUGGGUCAGAACUACUGGCGGCGGGGCCCUAGCGGGGGGAGACAGAGAGAGACCCGCUGGGUGUCCCCUUUCCCGGAGGAGACCGCCUCCGUUCGCCGUGGGCCCCGCCGCCCGGCUGGGCUCCCCGCGGGGGAAGGGGCCCGAGCGCCGGGGACAGCCCCCGCGCCCCGCCCCGCCCCCGCCGCUACGUCAUGGAAUUCCAGGGCGCUUCCGCCAAUAGCGGCGGCGAGCCAGCCGGGCGGGCGCUGGAGCGGGGCGCGUCUGGCUGCCAGCCGCGUCCGUCAGCGGGGCGGGGCGGGGCGCAGCCCCCUCCCCUCCCCCCGGUUCGCCGCAGGUCACCUCGGGGCUCGGUCCCGCCGGGGGAGCCGGGGAAGGCCGCGGCCGGUGAGCGCGGCGGGGACGGCUCCUCGCUGCGGGAGAAUGGACGUGGGGAGUCGCCGGGGAGCGGCGAGAGCGGGGUUGCUCCCUCCUGGCGUCCGAGCGCGUUCGGAGCUAGAGCUGACAGGGCUGCAUUUCAAACUUGAAAGAGUUUGACAGCACCGAUACAGGCAACGAGACUCCUCUUCCUUCCCAAACCUCCGAUUUUCCUUGUGAACCAUU